AUGAGAGGAGACGCACCAAUGAUCAUCCGAGCGGAAAGCGGAUCAUGUUGUAUAUUCAUGGCGGUGCCUACUUUUUUAGCAGUGUGGAGACCCAUCGGUAUCAACUGCAGCGUCAUGCUAGAAAGCUCAAAGGACGAGUAUUUGCACGCGGAAUAUCGUCUGGCACCGCAGUUUCCCUUUCCCUGCGCCCUACAGGACUGUAUGGCGGCCUAUUUGUUCUUUCUCGAGGAACACAAUCCGACAGAGAUCAUCUUUGCAGGAGACUCAGCAGGCAGUGGCAUGAUACUUUCGAUGUUGGUCACCAUACGCGACCAGGGACUGCCUUUGCCCGCCGGAGCGAUCCUGAUCUCGCCCUGGGUUGAUCUUACACAUUCUUUCCCCAGUGUGCUAUUGGACUGUCCAGGGGGCUAUAUCCCACUGAAUGGCUUCCGGCAUAAGCCCUCAGCAGCCUGGCCGCCUCCAAACGCGGAUGAAAUUCGCGCGAUCAAGGAAGCAAAGCAAAAGUCCCCAGAAAGCGCCGUGGAGGAAGCCGUGCCAGAAAAGGACACCUGGGCUCAAGAGACAGCAGUGAAGGGGUAUACAAUUAAAAAGGAUGGGUCAGGUCAGGCAGAACCUACUCCGUCGGGUAAUCAACAAGCAGUGGAUGACGAGACCAGGAUCAUUGAAAUUCCUAUUGACGGUCAGACAGUCGAACUUAAAGACCAGAUUCAAAUAUACGCAGCAAAUCACCUCAUCUCUCACCCACUCAUUUCUCCGGUACUCCAACCGUCGCUUAGAGGUCUACCCCCACUUCAGAUCCUCUCCAGGGGAGGCAAGUGGUUAAGGGAUGAGCAGUUUUACAUUGCUCACAAGGCGGCAAAUCCGACAGCAUAUCCACCCAGUGACAAGACUCUUGAUGAUUAUGACCUGAAACGUGGAAUCUUGCACAAGUAUCCUGGCACGCACGUUCAGCUCCAGGUUUGGGAUGAUCUCUGUCACAUUGCCCCAACCCAAAGUUUCACACAUCCGGCCAAGUACAUCUUCCGAUUGAUUGCUCAGUUCGGUGCCUGGGCUCUUGCAUGUGCCCAGACUUCUGAGAUUGACAUCCUUGAUGAUAAUGACAUCUCCCACAUCACCUCCUCCAGUGAAACGGACCUGGAAGCAGCUGCCAACAGUAACCACAGGGGUAGCUCAAGACCGCCCGUUGCAUCCGUCGGCAGGGCUGGUUAUCCACUGCCUGCAUUUAGAGAUCAUAUGAUCCGCCAAAGAGUUGAUAAAAGAGGCCGCAUAUACCCACUUGAUCCGCCAUCCUCGUAUUCUGUCCUGCAAUUCCCGCGGGAUAGAAUCGGCAUUGCAAACCCGGAGCUGGUCCGGAAAUGGAUGGUAGGAAAGCAUGAGUGGGAUAUCAAAUUUGCUAAGGAUAAGCUGCGAGUGCAGCAGCAACAGAUCAAGGAGUUGUCUCAUGGAUUCCAGGAUUUUGAGGGCAACACUGCUCCUCCAAGCUCCUUGGCGGCAAGGAGAAUGGCUCCUGGUGUCUUGCCUCAGAAGGGCGGAAAGGAACGGAAGAGCUACCCGAUGACGAUGUGGAGUCGGAUGGCGAGCAAGCAUGACAAGAAGACCCUUGAAAGAGAACGCCAGAUGCAAAUGGAGGGUCGCUCGAAGCUAACGAGCGUCGAAGCUGGACGAGCAUGGGCGUCCAUGGACAUGCGGAGAUCUGGAGAUCAUGUCGAGUCGUUUCCGACUGAGGAGCUAAACAAGGACACACAGGUCAACGGAGGGAAAGCACCCGCGGCUCUGCAAACAGAUGAGGGACCAUCUAACGGUAUUAAACAAGAUACAAACCAGUCUGAAACAUCUCGUCCGACGGCGUCGAAUUGGGGACAGUCCACUAGUCCUAUGAUUGUUUUGCCCGAUUAUGAAAGCAGGCAGUUCAAUGCAGAUAAUGCCAGCACAACGACGUUGCUACAUGCUACUGGAAUCAUUCCCGCUCGAUCUGAUAAGCCCUGGCCUGUCUCCCAGGCCGGUUCCGGGACGAUUCGCAGCGCCAUGACCACCGAGCGAGAAGAUGCCAGUACGAUCGAUGAUGCGAGGUCAGUAGCUCUGACCGUGACAACGGCAUUGGACAAUGCGAGUACGCGGGCCGUCCGUCGUUCGGCCGGAGUAGUCAGUGUGGUCAACGAUAAGAACUCGGUCAAUGGUUCUGUCGAGACGUUGUCUGCGCCUCGACCGUCUGGGGACCUGGAAUCUUUCUAUUCGGUCAAUGCCAAUUCGGAGGGCGAUGGUCAUUCUGUCCGUGCUCGUCCGGAUAUGCCUGAUCGGGAGGUGUUCAAGACCGCAGAUGAACAUCUUUGA